AAAGACGUCAAUGACACCAUUGUGAUGAUAUAAAAACAUGAGGCAAGGUCCUUUACCCAUCGUUUCCACCGUAGUGGUUCAAGGAUAAUAAAAAAUAAAUAUUUAAAAUCUUUAGUUAUUUCAAUCGAAAAAGUUUAACUUUUUUACUAUACCAAUAAAUAUUAAAAUACAAAGUAUCAGUACAAUUCAGUAGGUGUUUUGAGGCGGUUCGAGCAUAACCUCAAAAUUGAUCGGCAUUUUAACUUUUUAUUAAUUCGACUAAAUAAAAAAUACUCUUUUAAAAAUGGUGGUAAAAAAUAUUUGUUGUUUGGGUGCCGGAUACGUUGGGGGGCCAACAUGCAGUGUUAUCGCUUGGAAAUGUCCCGAAAUUAAGGUUACGGUUGUUGAUUUAAGCAAAGAAAGAAUCGCACAAUGGAAUAGCGAAAAAUUACCCAUUUAUGAGCCUGGACUUGAUGAUGUUGUUAAAGCUUGUAGAGGAAAGAAUUUAUUUUUCUCCAAUGAUAUUAAAACAGCUAUUUUAGAUGCAGAUUUAAUUUUUAUUUCUGUGAAUACACCAACUAAAACGUUUGGAAAUGGGAAGGGAAGAGCCCCAGAUUUAAAAUAUGUUGAAGGGGCUGCUCGAAUGAUUGCAGAUAUUGCACAAAGCAAUAAAAUAGUUGUUGAGAAAAGUACAGUUCCGGUACGAGCUGCUGAAAGUAUUUUAAACAUUUUGAGUGCUAAUCAACGUCCGGGUGUUUCUUAUCAAAUCCUUUCUAAUCCAGAGUUUUUAGCAGAAGGUACUGCUAUUGAUGAUUUAUUACACGCCGAUCGAGUGCUUAUUGGAGGGGAAGAUAGCCCCGAAGGAAGAGCUGCUAUUGAAGAACUUUGCUCUGUUUAUGAACAUUGGAUUCCGCGAAAAAAUAUUUUAACUACAAAUACUUGGUCUUCAGAAUUAUCAAAAUUGGCUGCAAAUGCAAUGUUAGCUCAAAGAAUAUCCAGCAUAAAUUCGUUAUCGGCUGUUUGUGAAUCAACAGGAGCCGAUGUAUCAGAAGUAGCAAGAGCGGUUGGGUUAGAUUCAAGAAUUGGAUCGAAAUUUCUUCAAGCCUCAAUUGGUUUUGGUGGGAGCUGUUUCCAAAAGGACAUUUUAAACUUGAUCUACAUUUGCGAGAGUUUAAAUUUACUUGAAGUGGCCGCAUAUUGGCAACAGGUUAUCGAUAUGAAUGAGUAUCAAAAAUCCCGAUUUACAGCGAAAGUGAUUGAGUCACUUUUUAAUACUGUUAGUGGAAAACAAGUCGCUUUAUUGGGGUUUGCUUUUAAGAAAAAUACAGGGGAUACUAGAGAAAGUCCUGCUAUUCAUGUUGCUAAAACUUUAUUGGAUGAAGGAGCUUCUAUUAAUAUUUAUGACCCAAAAGUUGAAAAGUCUCAAAUUAUUGAUGAUUUAACUAACCCAAGUAUUUGUGAGUUCCCAGAACAAGUUAAAAGUCGCGUGAAAAUAUUUGAAGAUGCUUAUAGUGCUACAGCUGGAACUCAUGCUAUAGUUUUAUGUACAGAAUGGGAUGAAUUUAUUACUUAUGAUUAUAACCGCAUUUACAAAGGUAUGAUGAAACCUGCUUUUAUAUUUGAUGGUCGAAAAAUAUUAAACCAUGAAGAAUUGAUUGAGAUUGGAUUUCAUGUCCAGACUAUUGGCAAAAAACUAUCUAGGCCGAGAUCUCCACGUUGUUGGAGCAGUAAACCGAAUAUAUAAUUUUUUUUUUUUCUGAAAGUAUUAUUUUAAAUGUCUAGAAAAAAACACGAAGAUUUUUGAUGUAAUUAAAUAUAAUGUUUGACAAAAAAAUGUAUAUCCUUGUACAAGUAAAUUUAAAUUUCAAUAAUGGUUAAAAACCAUAUCAAUUUGAGGUUUUAAAUCUUUAAUGAAAAGUUAUAUUCUGAAUGUUAGAAAAAUUAUUAUCUUAACUGGUUUAAAAGAGUCUCAUAUCAUCUUAAAAUUACACACCCCACUAUUACAAUCGAUACUUUUCUUGAUUUACAUUUUUAUCUUUAUCUUCAGUAUUGGUAUUAUUACUUGUGAUGACAUAUAUUAACUAAUUCUCAUAUGCCGAUUUUAUAAUAGUUUUAUUUUCUUAAAUUGAUUAAUUUUAUGAUUCCUAUAUGUUGUAGCCAGUUUUAUGUAUUAAGUGCAAUAAUUCAUUUAAUUCAAUUGAAAAAUAAAAUCACUUUUAAAGUA